GCUCAGGAUGAGCUGGCAAUAACCCACCCGGAAGAGCUUCUCCUAGCAUGCUAAGCUAACGCUAAAGGCUAGCAGCACAGUCAGCGGAGGUGUUCAGCUCUUUGGUUCGUGGUUUUCUGCUCUGGUUCCGGUUCUGUGCUGAAAGAUGAGUCUACAGUGGACGGCCGUGGCCACCUUCCUCUAUGUGGAGGUCUUCCUGGUUCUUCUUCUCUGCAUCCCCUUCAUCUCUCCUAAAAGCUGGAGCAGGGUCUUCAAGUCCCGGCUGGUGCAGACCAUCGCCCUGUAUGGAAACACCUGGUUCAUGGUGGCCAUGGCCAUCCUGGUCUUCCUCCUCAUCGAUGCAUUUCGUGAAGUCAGGAAGUACAGUGUGACGGACAAAGUGGACGUGACAAACAACCCCACGGCCAUCGAACACAUCCACAUGAAGCUGUUCAGAGCUCAGAGGAACGAGUACAUCGCCGGCUUCGCCCUGCUGCUCUGCCUACUGCUGCGUCGCAUUGCCACCCUGCUCUCCCAGCAAGCCACUCUCAUGGCUUCUAACUCGGCCUUCAAGAGCCAGGCUGAGAGCGCCACCAACGCUGCAAAGACCUACAUGGAGGAGAACGAGCGUCUGCAAGAGAAACUGCGUGAGGCUGGAAUCGAGAUACCAGAGGCCGGGAAGAAAGGAGCAGGACUGCAGGAGGAGAACAAGACUCUGAAAGAGGAACUAAAGACGCUGAAGGAGCAGCUGCAGGACACCAAGAAAGCUCUACAGAAGUCUGACAGUGACGUGAGUGCAAUGAAGAAACAGGCGGAGAACCUGACGGUGGAGUACGACAGACUGCUGGAGGAGCACAGCAAGCUGCUGGCAAGCGGUGACAAGAAAUCAGACUGAGAAAGAUGAAGCUUGCUUCCAGCUUGUAUCGCCAUCAUCACCGCUCUCUGAAGUUUCAGCUUCAUCAUCCUGCCCAGUUAUCUGAUGUCAGCUCACACGCUGUGCUGUGAUUGGAUGAUCAGACUGUAGGAACAUUUGUUCUGUCUGUUUACAUCAAGAUUUCCUUGUUUUCUCUGAUUUUUAUUUUAUUUCUUUAGGUUUGUUUGUGGUGUUUAUUUUGGAUUAUCUGUGUAACUCCAGGACAGGCAAUCAUCACCUGCAUUCUGUCCUUUAAGGAGGAAAGUGACGCCAGCUUUUGUUUCCUGCAGGAAAUGAACUUAUUCCAAAAUUAAAACCCUGCAUGUUCAGCUUUAAGAUGAACUGAAAAAACGGUCUAAAAAUGUUGUUUCUUUGGAUGGUUCUGUGACGACUGUUUGUUCUCUGGAUCGCUAACGGGACCAAAAUCGUCUCGGUUCGGACUUUGAAUGUGAUUUAAAGACGGGAAUUUUGUUUCCGAUGGUAAAAUAUAAUAAAAUUGUUGAUGCUAAAGACCA